CGUAAUUAUUGGCAUUUUAUUAAGUGAAGAUUUAUCUUGGUCGCGUGUAGCCUAGACCUAAUACAGCUAGUUCGCUACCUCAGAUUUCUGCGCAGAGAUGCUUUCACCGCGUGUUGGUAGCAAAGAGUGUAACCUAGAUGUUUCCUGAAAAUAGCUCGUUAUCUAACAUCUCUUAUAGAACUGAACGCAGUCUGUAAUGUAAGUGUUAUAUUUUCACUGUAUUUUGUGCCGAAUUACGACGCUUGCGCACUGCAGUAAAAACCUGUCUGCGUUAGCUUUCGUAUUUGAAUGGAAAAUUUGAGAUUGAUCUCACUAGUUUCAGUUAUUUAAUCUAUUUCUUUUUAUAUUUGGUGCGUGAAAGCGUACGUCUAUCCACCCUCCCUACAGCACCCAAUUGAACACACACUACAAUUUAAAUGUAAGCAAUUAUUGGCGCGGUAUUAGCCCUCAUUGUGUAAUAAAUGAAAAGCAAACAGUAUCAACUGAAGUUAACACCACCCUGGGAGAAGGAUGCUGGCUUUGGGAGAAAACUCAAAACGUAUAGAAGUCACACAAAAAUAAUAGCGCAUCCAGGGAUCGUAAUGAAAGUGCUGCGCAAGAAGAGGAUUGUUUUGUUAAUUGCCUACUUUUUGCUACUGGUUUUAACCAUGCUGAACCUGGCUAAUUACAAAUGGACAAAAGAGCCACAGCAGUGCAAUCACCAGAUGAGAAGCACUACCUAUCAGGGUAGAUCGGAUAUUCGCUUCCUUUAUAGACCCUCUCUGGCUAAGAAAAGGCAGCUCGUGUAUGUUUUGACAACUUGGCGGUCCGGAUCCUCCUUUUUCGGCGAGCUUUUUAACCAAAAUCCGGACGUAUUCUUUUUGUACGAGCCAAUGUGGCACAUCUGGCAGAAAUUGUACCCCGGGGAUGCGGUGUCGCUGCAAGGGGCAGCCAGAGACAUGCUAAGCUCAUUGUAUCGAUGUGAUCUCUCUGUUUUCCAGCUGUACAAUGCACCGGGGGGCAAAAAUGUGAGCUCUCUCGGGGUAUUUGGUGCCACCCUUAACAAGGUAAUAUGCUCGUAUCCUCUCUGCUCGGCAUACAGGAAAGAUAUUGUGGGCUUGGUGGAAGAUAAGGUGUGUAAAAAGUGCCCACCUCAAAGUCUGCGGCUCCUGGAGGACGAAUGCCUCAAGUAUAACACUGUGGUUAUUAAAGGGGUGCGCAUUUUGGACAUUAACGUUCUUGCCCCGCUGAUGGAGGAUCCUUCUUUAGAUCUGAAAGUGAUUCACCUCGUCAGAGACCCGAGGGCCGUGGCGAAUUCCAGGAUCAAGUCGAGACACGGGUUGAUACGCGAGAAUUUGCAAGUGGUUCGGAGCAGGGACCCCAAACUUCGUCGAAUACCUUUCGUCGACCCGAAUCAUAAGGUUAACAAGAAGGACGGGUCUGACUAUCACUCAAUCGGAGCUAUGGAAGUGAUAUGCGACCGGACAUCCAGAACGUUGAGAACAGCCUUAAAUCCACCCAACUGGCUCAAGGGAAAGUACAUGACAGUUCGUUACGAGGAUUUGGUGGACAACCCAAUCAAGACGGUACGGAACAUUUAUCGCUUUGUUAAUUUGUCUGCUAACCACGACAUCGAAUUGUUUGCCCUGAACAUGACCAGCGGGACGACUUCAUCCUCCAAACCGUUCCUCGUGUCGUCCCGGAAUGCUACCCAAGCGGCCAACGCGUGGAGAACUGUACUAAGUUUUCAACAAAUAAAACAAGUCGAAGACUAUUGUCACCAAGCGAUGUCUUUGCUCGGAUACGAACGUGUAAGAACAGCCGGGGAUGCAAAAGACUUGAGUAAAUCGUUGCUGUCAGUCCCUAAACUGUAACAGCAAUUGCCACCAAAGACAUAACGACCUGUAAAUUAAUUUUGCAUCGAGUAGGUUACAGUUCUGUUCAUUGUGCAAUUUGCAAAUAUGUUAAAGCUUUAUGUCGAAGUCAGUGUUCUUUGGAUAAUUCAUAAGCCACAUUGGAAUGUAUUUUAUUCGUUUUAAAUACAGUACAGUGGUUUUGAUGGGACCGCUGGAUUUGUAAUUGGACCACUGGAUGUCUGACAAUGCAACGCCUGUGAAACCACUUGAAUCUUGGGUCCAUAUAAAACUGCAAAUGUGUACAAUGCAUCUUGUUAUAGUUGCACUUCUUCAAAGUGAAUGUUUUUGCAAUUUUAGUUCUAAAAAACUACAAACAUUUGGUUAGGCUACACAGUAACAAGCUAGGUUACUACUGUUUGUCAAAGUGAAAAGUGUGGGAGAAGAUGUUCAAAUUGAUUUAAGAAAAUCAUCACCUGGUAAUGUUACAUUAUGUGUAUGAAUACUGGUACGUGGCCAGCUUUACCAGAGACAAUCAUUAAAAAGUUAUGGAAUAA